GUAUUGGUGGAGUUCUGUGCAUUAUAACUUCCCUUCGCUCGGUAAGGACCCCAAAGCGGCUCGCGUGGGCUCCCUCCUCUCCAGUUCAUCCUCACAACAGCCCUGUGAGGUAAGGGAACUUCUUAGACACCUAUGUUUGGGGUCCUUCUACUGCAGCAGCUACACGUGGGUCUCUGCUUAGUUGCACAUUCUGUCUCUGGAAUCGCCGGCUUGAGGGUUUCUCUGGGGAGCAGCUGGUGUCCUCUGCCCCCCGAAAGCCGGAGUUCAUUUGCUUCUGACAUAUAGCAGGGCCUCCUGCAGAAGCGGUUGAUUCAGCCAGUGAUGGAAGCGGACGGAGAGCUAUUCAUCAACGUGAGCUCUGUGCCUCCUCCAGGGAUUCGGCACCCCACUGGACAGAGGAGAACCUCGAAAGCACAGCGUGGCAAAGCCAGAAAGAGAACAUCAGAAUGGGUACAUGAAGGGAUCCCCCUAAAGCGGAAGCUAGCUUCUCCACUCCAAAUCAAGAAAGAACCAAAGAAACCUGAAAGCGGCAUCAAGCAAGAUGGGUCGCCAAAGUUUCCUCCAAAGAAGCCUUUGACAGACACAAAAGACAGCAAUGUAGGCAGCAGCAGGCCUUUCGUUAAGACUUCCUGCCUCUUCAAAAACAAUCCCAAGAUUCCAGAUAUUCAGAGGACCUCAGUGAAACAAGUGCAGGAGAAGGUUUUCACCUCUGAUUCCUUUGAUCAGUUGGGCCUCCAUCCUCAUUUGGUUUCAACAAUAACGUCCGUCUUGAAAAUAUGUAGCAUGACCAGGGUCCAGAAGCAGGCCAUUCCUGUGCUGUUGCGAGGCAAGGAUGCCCUGGUGAGGUCGCAGACGGGGUCAGGGAAAACGCUUGCCUACGCUGUCCCUCUUGUACAGUCCUUGCAAGGAACGGAGCCCAAAAUACAGCGCAGCGAUGGCCCCUAUGCCCUUGUCCUGGUUCCAACCAGAGAGCUGGCCCUACAGAGUUUUGAAGCCAUCCAAAAAUUGCUAAAGCCGUUUACCUGGAUUGUGCCUGGCGUGCUGAUGGGAGGAGAAAAAAAGAAAUCCGAGAAGGCCAGACUUCGCAAAGGAAUAAAUGUUCUGAUCGCCACACCUGGCCGCCUGGUGGACCACAUCAACUCCACCAAAUGCAUCCAUUUCCGCCGGGUCCGGUGGUUGAUCUUGGACGAGGCUGAUAGGAUCCUGGAUCUGGGUUUUGAGAAGGCUGUGGCCGCAGUGCUGAAUGCCCUGAACGCCGGCAGUGAGGUGCGGCAGAAUGUUCUUUUGUCUGCCACACUUACAGAGGGAGUCUCGCGACUGGCCAGCAUCAGCUUGCGUGAUCCCGUCUGCAUUGCUGUCGCGGGAGAAGCCCAGGGUUCGAGCGCGUCGGAGGCCAAAGCACACACUCAGGAGGCAGCCGGUGCUCCCCCCGCGAGUGUAGAGGGGGGGUGCUUUGCCGUGCCGGGAGAACUCCAGCAGAACGUUGUGGUCGUCCCGAGCAAGCUGAGGCUGGUGACACUGGCGGCUUUUAUUCUUGGGACGUUCAAGUCUGAGAAGGACAGCAAGAUGGUGGUCUUCUUCUCCAGCUGUGAGCAGGUGGAAUUUCACCACACCCUCUUCCAGAAGGUCUUGUGUGGGGAGCCAGAGGCCGACCGACUUCCCUCUCUUUCUCCCUUGCGGUUCGUACGCCUGCAUGGAGAGAUGCGGCAGGAGGAGAGGACGACUGUCUUUCAGGAUUUCUUGCAAUCAGAGACUGGCGUUUUGCUGUGUACUGAUGUUGCUGCUCGUGGAUUAGACCUGCCGCAAGUUACCUGGAUCAUACAGUAUAAUCCUCCUCCGUCGCUUGCGGAAUAUGUCCACCGAAUCGGGAGGACGGCUCGGAUUGGCAGUCACGGGAGCAGCCUGCUCAUUCUUGCACCUUCAGAAGCGGAAUAUGUCAGCUUCCUGGCUUCUCACAAGAUUAAUAUUUCGGAGAUGAAGAUGGAAUCCCUCCUCUCCAGCUUGAUGAAAGAUGAUCGUUUCAAGGGUCACCAGUGUGGGGGAAAGAAGUUCCACGGCGCAGACGCUGAGGAGACACGGCGGAGAGCGACCGUGCUGCAGACCGAGUUCGAGAACUACGUCCACUCCAGUGCAGAAAUGGUCCAGUGGGCCAAGAAAGCACUGCAGUCCUUCAUCCGGGCAUACGCCACCUACCCUGCCGACCUCAAGCACAUCUUUCACGUCAGGUCUCUACAUCUGGGCCACGUGGCGAAGAGCUUCGGGCUCCGGGAUGCUCCUGGGAAGCUCAGCACCUCUGCUGUCCCAAGCCGGGGGAAGAAGCGGAAAAGGCGUGACCUUCUCAAGAAAUCCCAGGGCAAGCACCGUCUGGCUGAAAUUUUGCAAUCUGAAUACUCGAGUGGCUUGGACUUUCUUGCCUCCAAGGUCAAGAGGAAGAAAAGGCUGACAAAACCUGGGAACCAAAACUGACCUGGGAAUUCUUGACCUCUCCCACAACAGCCGAGACGCGAGAAUCACUGCGGCUGGGGAGAGAGUGGGCAGCACUGUGCGAUCCGGGAGCAUCGUCGGAAAACGGGGCGCGCAUUAAAAGGCAAGGCAGACCGAAGUGCCCAUCAUCCCCUGCCAAGGGAAGGGCAUGUUGGCAACCAGGCACACGUGAUCCGAAUUGUGGGCUUGUCAGCACAGAGCUUGGAGUAAUCGGGCGAAGGCGAUCUUGGCGCACCCUGAUGAGGUUUCUAAAAUAUACACCGAGCAAGCAAAACAAUGCAGAACUUACUUGGGAAGUCGUGUCUUGGGGUGUCUUGCAGCUUGCAGGCGGGGCUUUUCCCCGCCAACUGUGGUGCUGAGCGCCAGGCAUGCGGCUGCUGGGGGCUGCAGCCACCACGGAGGGACCUGGUCUGAGAACGCGGGCAGGAUGGGGUUUCGGGGUAGGGAAAAUUGGGCAGGACCCGGUUCGAGAUGCCAGACAAGGGAGAGGUCUCGUCCCUUUUUCGCAAGCCGUGGCACGUGGCCCAAAUGCUUUGAUGGGUAGCCGCCUUUGCACAGCAUAGAUCAGGGUGGGGGACCUGUGCUCCCCGGUUGUUGCUGGGUUCCAGCUUCAGCCCACGUGACGACUGGUUGCAGAAGCUGGGAGCUGUAGUCCCACAGGAUCUGGCGGGAUCCUCACUGGCUUCUGGCUGGAAGAGUGGGAGAAGCCAGGUACUUUGCCAGAGGGUGGUUCAAGUGUCUUAAGAAACACGCUGCGCUCGGGCUGCUUCCCCAAGCCCUCUGGACUGUUUCUGACCAUCGUGCGUUUAGUCAUGUCCUCGCAGCCAAGCUGUUGGAGGUCACCAGCUGUGUGGCCCUGCGUCCUGGUCCCCCUUACAAAUCAAGCUCAACGGUUCAGGAUUUAUUAUUUUUCACUGUCUUGUGCAUCCUGCAAUACGUUCAACAUGUUUUGUAUCAUCAGACCCAUGAUAUUCUCACAGAACAGGAAUCGGGAAAAAUUGGUGGCGCCUUGCCGCUCUCCAUGGUGGGAAUCUUGCUUCUGGCCACUGCACCUGAAAAGGAGGGUCUGGAGUUGGGAAAGGCUUGGGAAGGGGCAGCUGACAUGAUCCAAGUGCUCCCCUGGGAGGAAGCCACACCUGGGACUCUUCAGCUGAUGAUACCUGCAGACCAGAGGCAAUACACCUAUGUGCACCAGUUGCUGGGGAACACGGACAGGGGAGUUGGGCAGCUGUGUGGCUGUGUCUGGCCCAGCCUCUGAGCUCCUCCUGGUUUGCACCCGUGCAGGAUUCACAAGUUCUGGGCACAGUCUGUGCUCUAGUGAAUUUGGCAGUUCUCAGAGUUUACACAGGCGCCGCUGCUAGCGCAGUUGGGUGAGUCUUCCCCACACCCUCCGGGGACGCGCGUCCUCAGAAUGCGCACAGCACCUGAAAUGCAUCGCAUGACUCACACUGUAUCAUAUUUCCACAGCAAGUGGGCAGAGACUUGUAGUAUAGUUAGCGCCACCGUGCAAGCUGUGCAUGAUGGAGGCUGGAGUGCGACCCAUGGGAAUGGCACCAGGAUGGGGCGAAGCUUCUAUUACUGAGGCUAGUCAUGAUGGGAAAGCCGCACCCUUGAAUCCUUUCCACUGCCUUUGCAACAGCAAUCCUUCGCGCCUGGAAUCAUUUUCACCUGGUUAUUUUUAAUGGCGUUUUGUUUUGUGUGAUCUUGUGCAUGUUUGAUACCCAUCCCAGGCAUUUCACAGAAUACAAAUUACGGCAAAACAAAUAUUAUUGUUAGAACGUAUCGCCUGCAUUUCUAUGAAAUAUUCAAGGAGGGUUCUUACAGUGAUGAAAUACUUAGAACGAGAGAUGCAGGCUCUCGCAUCCUGUUUCUUUUAUAUCAUGUAUUGAUCAAGGGCGGGUCAAUAAGGUCACCUGUGCCUUGGGGACUGCAGUUGCCCUCCCGCCUUUCCUGUUGGCACACGCUGGCUGUGGUCCUCCAGGGCUUCCGAUGGAAAUCUGUCUCCAGUAUCCCCGGAGCUGCAGGUGACGGGCCCUGGGCCUUCCACGUGCAAAGCAGCUGCUGUUCUGCCGAGCACCGGCUCUUCCCCCCUCCAUCCUUCACCAGGCAGCUCCUCGCCUCGUUGCCUGGGGAGCAGUCCCUGCCAAAAUCGGGGCAUGCAGGAGAGCAGGAGGUGUUGAACCUCUCUCAGUCCAGGGCUUGGAGAAGCUCUGGGGCAGCAUCCUAGGAGUGGGGAGGGGCCGAAGGCAAAGGGGCAGGGCCGGAACAGCAGCCCAUUGCACCGAAGCCUCUUCCGGCCAUGACGCAGCCUUGGGAGAGGCGUGUCGGUCUUCGAGAACGGGGCAAAUUGCACAGAAGCUGGUCUGCUGCCAAACGAUCGGGAUUUGGGCAAGUGGGUGCCCAGGGGAAGGUGCCCACGAGGGGGUCCCAGGAGGGCAGGGCUGACGAGGUGGGCUGCGGCCCCGCAUCCCCGCUGUAGGGCCUUGCUGUUCUGUCUGCUUUCUUCUUAACUCGUGAGUCACUUGCUGUGCUGGUGUCACCAAAACACAGCUGACCGACUCAGUUCCAGUCACUGUGGCACUUCAGGCAGGGGAUGGAGGAGCUGCGGGUGGUGCGGACAAGGGCAGCGUUUGGGGCUUUUUAGUGUGGGAGAAGCAGGCACAGCGGAGGUGCACAGAGCUAGGCCGGGUGUGGAGAAAACGGACCGGGGAGCUAUUUUUCUCCUCCUGUCAGGCCACCAAAGCCCAAAGGGGUCAUUCUUGGAGAAGUGAGGACCGGUCAGAGCAAGGGACUGCUCACAGGGUGCCAUGCUGCGCUGUGGAAUUGGAUGCCUCCGGAGGAAGCCGUGGCCCCCCGCGGGGGCGGCUGUACAAGCAGGUUGGACAAAUGCCGGGAGAAGGUGGAGACCGGGUUGCACGUGGCAGUGGUGCGCCAAAAUGCCAGUUGCAGGGGAGCCGGGUGUCCGGGUGUCCGUAUCCUGCACAGGCUUCUCAUCUGGGCACUGUGGGAACGCAGGGCCAGGUCAGCCAUCGGACGCUUGCGGCGUGGCUCUUGCGUUGUUGGUUAUUAAGUCGUGGCUGGAGCACACGCAUUUGGGAAUGAUUCACCCAGGUUGUUUCAGAGCCUCCAGUCCCUGUCAGAUGACAUCUUGCUUAGGCUGCGAUCCUAUAUUCACUUACCUGGGUGUAAGUCCCAUCAAACUCAAUGGACUUUCCGAGCUGACAAAUAAGAGUUCUCCUACCCAUGGAUGCAUUCAUUCUGUAUCUUUUUGAUUGUAUUUUCGUUUGUGCUGGAAGCCUUGGGCCGCAGCCUUUCCGUUUUGUUGCGUGUCUGUGUCUAUGUUCUUUUAAAUUGAUUUUAAACUGCCUUUUUCCGAGGCAGAGUCCCUUGCUCCUUCCUGCAAGGAUAAAUUUCAAUCUUGCCAUUC